AUGUAUGGCCCGGUGCCGCUCCUGAUCCUGACGCUAGUCCGGUUUAGCUAUACCGCCGAGCCAACAGCAAAAGUUUUUACGGCCACUGGCCCGAAUGGGGAGUCAGCACAAUAUUUGCUCGUGCCGGAUGCCAGCUCACCCACUGGCUCCCGGGCCAUCCCGGUCGGGCCUUCGGGGACAUCUUUGUCUCCCACCACACCGAUCCCUACCACCGGGAUGCCUACCAUUAGCCUGCAAGCCCUGAUGGCGGCGAUCGGGCCGCAGACCGGAAACAAGGUGCAGCUGGAUUUGACGAAGUUGCAUCUUCAUGGCAUCGAUUUUGCCGUGAAUGGUACUGAAGAUGCAAGUGAUGCCAAGCCGUCUGAAGCUCCUUCUUCAACACUGGCCCCGUACACACGACGUCCAUUUGCCGGGCGGACCAGGGCCACGGUGGCGGUGCCCUUGGUGGAAAACGAGCAGGAGCUGGUGAAGAUGGCCGUGCCGAAGUCGAGUGAGCGGUAUCGUAGGCGGAAACCAUGGAAAAGGGGCCAUGCUGGUACGGCAUUGCCGAUCAUAGCUGAUAAUGAAGCCACGACAACAACACCGGCGCAACCCAGUUCUACGACCGUUCCACAACCGACCAGGAUCGAGAUCGAGCCGAAGAAGCGGCAGCCCGACAGCCCCCAGUCAUCUCCAAAAUGGAGGGCCCUCGAGUCCGGGGAAAUGACGGCGAUGGGCGAUUUUUUGAUCGCGAAUGGCAAAUCGAAGAAGGCAGGGAAAAUUCACCCAUCACUGAGGACAACCGUAGGCCCACGUUAUGAGACGACGAUUGUAGACGAAGUGCGUGACGACGAUUUUACAACACCUGCUCCCACCACAACUUCAUAUCGUAACCGGAUGCCGGUCGUUUUGGAGGCGCUCGAGCCGACAAACAACUUCCUCGAUCGCCAAGUUAAUGCCAUCGUGCAGCAGAUGAAUUCGAGAGUUUAUAAUGGUACCACCACGGCUUAUCCCAUCACACCCGAGGACGCUACCGCCGAAUCAAUCGUGCAGGAAUUGAAGAACGCCUUUUUCCCUCCUCAAAUCAAAGCCAGCCCGACAGAAAUGACGGCCCUCCGGGAAGCCGCCAGAUUAAGCACCUCUCCGACCCCGGUCCACCCGGAAAUCCGAAGGACCCCAAACCGAAAAGCCGAUUCCGCCACUAAGCCAGUUACGACCGUUACUCCAAAGGAAAAGCCGCGAGCAGAUGCGUCAAAAACGCUACACAUCCCGGCCAAGGCGCCCAAGCAGGAGGAGCCUAAGAAAGCAACGUUGAGCCCCGAAAAUGCGUUACUGGCUUUUCUCGAUCGGAAUCCCCUGGACAUCUACCGCGCACAAGAUGAGGAAACAACAACGGAAAAGAUUGUAACGACUACGACAACGGCUUUUACGACAACUCCAAAAGUGAAUAUCACUACACCAGCUUUACAACUUGAUCCCCCAGUCGAAAAACAAAACAAAGCACUGCUAAAAGUGGCCGGAUUGGAUGGCGGAAAGCCAUCUGCAUGGAAAGAGAAUGCCGUAUCCUCCAAGCAAAGACACUACGGCAUGGUGGCCGCACCGAUUAACUUGAGGCGACUUCGCAAGAAGAGACUCCGUGCUGGCCGCAGGUUGACCAGGAGGGAUCGGCGUCGACCGCAGCAAACCAAAAGAAAUUUCCGACAGACGGCAAAAUACCAGAUGAACGACGUCAAGACGAAGGUUUUCCCAAGGAAGCCCGCCGCUACAUUGGACGGCGACACAGAUCAGCCCAAUCCGGUGCUGACCAGACCUCAGACUCAGAAUUACCAGCCUCACCCGGAACCGAGAAGAGACCUAGAAAUGACGACACCACAUCCCAAAAUUUAUACCACGCAUCCUUACAUGCUGACAACCUCGUAUACCCCAAUUCCGCUUCUUCCGCCCACCACCAGCGGACCGGCAAAGGUCGAGCCGAAAAUUCGAAUAUCUCCCGAGCUUGGGCCGAAACCAAGGCUUCCGCAUAAUGUUAUCGGUCCAAUCCCUUUAGAGCAGCCAGGAAAGGGCAACAAAAGUGACAAUACUGUUUUCGAUCUGUUCCGAGAAGCUUUGGAAUAUGUUUUGGAUACAAAGAAUUCAAAGGAAAAAUCGGACAAGCCUCGGGUGCAGCAGUUGAAGCGGCUGGACGCGAUUCCGGAUCCGAAUCUCCGAUGGUCCGAGGGAUCCCCGGCUAUUGGAGGUCUGAUGGCGCUCAGUAAUAUCCUAAUUCACCCCUCAAAUCGACACAUGGCGGCCGGGCAAAAUUCUGGAAUCGGUUUUUCAAAGCUGUCGAUAAAACGUCAGGAGCCGGCUUUGAAGCCGGCCAAGUUGCCCCAGUCGAACUUGGAUCUGGAAAUGGAAGAGCUGGCCGACACGAUUUCACGGCUUGAUCAGCAACAGCUAAAUAGCAAUUCUAUCCAAAUCCUGAACCCGGCCGAGGAUCAGCCGUAUUUGAUCGAUUCGCGCUUC